CACUAAACAAGAAACAUGAUGGCGAGCGGCUGAACGGAGUUUACGUGCAUUUGGCGUGGAAUUCAAGCAUUUUCUAGGAUUUCUACUUGGACUUAAUUUUACAGAUGAACUUAUGAAAGAUAUAAUAAUCUUAAAGUGCCAAAUCUUGGACAAUUAGGACUUACUAUGGCUAGAAAUCGGCCUCGGAAACGAUGGGGUUUACCGUCCCUUGUGUCAGUGCUUUUACUCGGCCUACUGCAGUCAGCAUUGGGCCAAGAAACCCACACAUUUAGUAGCUUCCACUUCACAGUAGAACCCUCCAAUAUCAUAGCAUACAAGGGUUACCCAGCACUUUUAAACUGUUCAGCAGAAAACAGUGGGAAUACACCGCGCACUCAGUGGAUCAGGGAUGGUGUAUAUAUGUCCUUAAAUGGAGACUCAAGGAGAUAUAAAUUAAAUAACGGGUCAUUAUAUUUCUCGUCCAUUGAGCACACGCGUUCAUCACGACCAGAUGAGGGUGUAUAUAAGUGUGUGGCCACAGUCAUGGGCCUUGGAACACUAGUCAGUAGGGCAGCCAAGCUACAAGUAGGAUAUUUUAACAGAGACUUUAAAGAGGAACCAAAAAAUGUAAAUGUGCAUUUAGGAGACAAUGCAGUGUUCACUUGUGCUGUAGACUCUAUACCUAGAGCCAGUAUUGUGUGGUUUAAAGGGAGUACAGAACUUUCAGAUUCCCCUGGUGGGACAUUAAGAAUUUAUCCAGAUGGAAUACUGGAAAUUCAGGAUGUCAAAUUCUCAGACUUGGGACAAUAUCAUUGUAAAUCUGAGUACAGCGAGCCUGGGAGAUCACGGCCGCAAGUGUCAACCAGUGCUGUUGCCAGCUUGACCCAGAAUGCCGAUACAUCAACAUACAAAGGUGUUUCUCCCAGGUUUAUCAUCACCCCAACAGACACCACUGUCCUAGAAGGCAGCACAGUGCACUUAUACUGUGGAGCCAAUGGCAGAGAUUCUCAAGAAAACACACCACAAAUUAUGUGGCUCAAGUCUGGGACUACCAUUGAUACAACGAAACCAGAAAAUGCCCGGUUCUCAGUUGUUGGGCUAGGUUCCCUUAGAAUCGAAAGUGUUACAGAGGCUGAUGCGGGGUUAUAUACUUGUCGUGCUGAAAACAACGAAGAUUCCAUCGAUGCUACCGCAACCCUUGUUGUCCAAGUGGCACCAAGAUUUGUCAAAGAGCCGGAGAGUUUCUAUGCACACGUGAAUGCAGAUGUACAGUUCGACUGCGAAAUCUAUGGUAACCCCACCCCCAAGAUUACAUGGAUGAAAAACGGAGACAUUGUCAUCCCGAGUGAUUACUUCCAAAUUAUAGAUGGAAAGCACCUACGGAUCCUCGGUCUGGUGAUUUCAGACGAUGGACUUUACCAGUGCUUUGGGGAAAACGCUGUAGGCAAUGUGCAAGCCAGUGCCCAGUUGGUGGUUCUCCAGCCAGAUGUCCCCAUCCCUACUCCAUCCCCUCACACCACACAACCCACGCCUCCUGCAGGUAGCGACCAGCCAGUCGCGCAGGGGCAGCCCCCCUCAGCCCCCAGAGAGCUCAAAGCCGUCAUGGUGGGCAUUCGCUUCAUUACCUUGAAGUGGAAAGAACCUCAGGAGACUGGAGAGGGACCAAUAUAUUAUGCCGUCUAUUGGAAAGCCCAAGGAUCUGAUAGAGAGAGAGUCAUGAAUACUACCUCCACUGAUGCUAACGUCCAGCUUCUGAAGCCUGCCACCAGGUACACCUUCCGUGUGUUAGCAGCCAACAGCCAUGGCUCGGGAGAUGCACAAACAUUACAGCUCACCACCCAGCCUGAAGUGCAUGUUCCAACUCAAGUACGAGACCUCACAGCAAUGGCGCUCUCUACAAGAGAACUCCAGAUCACAUGGUCACCGCCCAAUAAGACCAAUGGGAACAUCCGAGAGUACAAGAUCCACUACUAUAAGGCAAUGGAUACCCACGAGAUGGCUGUGGUAGUUCCUGGUAGUACCACCUCAUACACUCUCGCUAACCUGCGUCCAUACACAGAAUGUUUCUUCAGGGUUGUGGCAUUUAACCAGAAUGGUCCUGGGAUGAGCACUGAUGAGGUGUCAGCAAGGACUUUCUCUGCAGCGCCAUCAGGCCCACCACAAAAUGUUACAGUGGAACCAAGCACAUCAAAUAGCAUCCUGAUACAGUGGGAGCCCCCUUACAGUGAUGAACGCAAUGGGCUGAUCACAGGCUACAAGAUUAAGUAUCGCCAACGAGGCCAGUCUGGCAAGGCACACACCAUUAUGACAGAUGGUGACAGACGGCUUUAUUCUGUAACAGGUUUGGCCCGUGAUACCACAUACAGCAUCAGAGUGGCAGCUGUAAACACCAAUGGAACAGGUCCACACACACCAUGGACUUCAGUUAAAACAUAUGAAUCUGACUUAGAUGAAUCUCGUGAACCUGGUAUACCCAGUUCCCUGACUGUGCGGCCCUUCACAGACAGAAUGGUCGUCCACUGGACCCCUCCUGUUCAGGACAAUGUGAUGAUCCGAGGUUAUAGGAUUGGCUAUGGCGUCGGGGUACCCGAUGUCUACCAGGUCGAUGUGUCUGCUAAUGAAAGACUGUACACCAUCAAAAAUCUCAGACCAUCAUCUGAGUAUGUUGUAAGUUUGAGGGCCUUCAACCACAAAGGAGUAGGAAGAGAAAGACUGCAGACUGGAACCACAAGAGAUGAGUCAAGUGCAGAAAACACCACACCAAUGAUCCCUCCAGUUGGUGUGAAGGUCACCAUCAUCUCAUCGUCCUCUGUCAUGGUAACAUGGACAGACACCACCUUGGGUGGGAACCAGAGAACUAGUGACCAUCGCUAUUACACCAUCAAAUACAUACCAGCCACUGGUAGUAACAGGAGGGAAAAGUAUGUCAACUCCACGGAGCUGAACAAGAAGAUUGAAGAUCUGAAGCCGGCCACAAUGUACGAGUUUGCCGUGAAGGUGAUCAACGCAAGAAGACAGAGUCACUGGAGUUUGACUGUGGUGAACACUACGAAGGAAGCAGCUCCUGCCACUGCUCCACGUGACCUCACUCCAGUGCCACUGCCGGUCAGUAAGAAAGGACCCACAUGUAAUAUUAUGUUGAACUGGCAGCCUCCCAAGAUACCAAAUGGGAAGAUCACAGGAUACUUAGUGUUCUAUACUACGGAUGCCACUCAGAAGGACAGGGACUGGGUGGUAGAAGGUGUUCUGGGAGAGAAACUGUCCAUUACCAUUAAAGGCCUGACACCACACACAACAUACUACUUCAAGGUGCAGGCCAGAAACAGCAAAGGUUAUGGCCCUAUGUCAUCCACAGUUAUCUACAGGACCCCCAGAGCUGAUGGUACAGGUGGUGGCCCCAUCGAUACCCCAGAGUAUGACCCUAACACCCCAGGAGGAAAGUUGGGUCACCCAGGUAUUGAUGGACAUGAUAUGGUCAAUGUUAUCAUAGAUGGCGCCAAAGAGAUAGCAAACAAUGAAGAGGAGGCUGAGAAGAACAAAGGUGGUAUAAGCCAAAAUGCCAUGUGGAUCAUCAUUGCCUCCUGUGUCUGUGGUGUCAUCAUUGUCACUGUUAUUGCUAUUGUUGUCAUUGUGUGCAGGAGGAAGAGCCCUGGGGAAAGAAGAAGGUCUGGCUACCAUCCAUCCAGCAAGAGUAAAGGUCCAGGACCAAAGGACCUCAAGCCACCAGAUUUGUGGAUUCACCAUGAUUUGGAAUUGAAGAGUAUGGACAAAAACAGUGACCAUGAGACAUCCAUGACUAUGACUCCUAUACCCAGGAGCUCUCAGGAAAAACUGGAUGAUGAUCAAAAUCAAUUCGAGACCACCGUUAAUGAAGAGAGGUACAGGAGAAUGCCCAGACACAGGCCUAUAAUGAUCCCAGUUGAUUCACAGCCUGCUCCUCCCAGAGAACCCAUAGCCACUGCCACUGCCCUUCCCAAUGGCCAUGUGCAUACUCCAUCUGACCGCGACGUCCCCACAAGACCUGUCUACCCCAGAACACAAUAUAACAUGACACCCAGGGUAUAUGCAGGGGACGUGUCACAACCUGGUUCAGACAUUGAAGAGAUGCAGCCAUUGAUGGGAGGUACGUUAGAUCGCAGAAAAAUGUCAUCAAUGCAGAGCUUACAGCGCGACCAGCAAGGAGGCAGUGCAUAUACUCGGCCACAAUCUCCAGAUUCAUCUUAUAACCAACCGCCUGUACCAUAUGAUCAACUGCAUCUACACAGCACCACUACACCUACUGCUGCUGAAAGCAGUAACAGCCUUCCACAACGCACCCCUAAUCCUCUUAAAAGUUUCUCUGUCCCAGGCCCCCCUCGGCACCAGGGGGCCCCAGGCUCACCUCCAGCACCUAAGCAACUAGUAGUCAAACCACAGCAACCCACAAGUCCGUACAAGAAGCAGCCAACAGUAACAGUGAGUGCGAUGAAGUCGAGAACACCAAUGCCUGUGGUCACACCUAAGGCUCCAGAUUUACUCAAAACUUCUGGGGAUCAGAAAAUAUGCAGCACAGAAGAACUUUCACAAGAGAUGGCAAACUUAGAAGGACUCAUGAAGGACUUAAAUGCAAUCACACAGCAAGAGUUUGAAUGCUGAAAAGGAACAAAAGUGUACUUUCUGUAUAUAUACCACAUGACCUGGGAUGUGUCACAUUUACUGAACAUGUAGAUAAAAUACAAACAUCUCACUACUUAGUUUUGGCACUCAGCAUGAGGGAAUAAGGAACAAAGUAGAACAUAAGUUUCGAAGAGAAGUGGACAUGUAUGUUUAGGGACAGUAACAAAUGUCCAUAUCAGAUGGGUCACCAAUAAGAGCAUUAAAGUGGAAUCUUCAGUGUGAG